AUGGGAUUGGGAUUUUAUGAGCCUGAGAAAGAAAGUAAACUUCAGUGCGAGGAACAUCAGGAAGAACUGAAGCUGUUUUGUGAAACUGACAAGAAGCUGAUCUGUGUGAUUUGUGCAGCCGGGCGGGAACACAGAGAUCACCGCUUCACGCUGAUAGCAGGAGCUGCUGAAUUCUACAAGGUUCAGGUUAAAGAUUCCUUCCAGUCUCUCACAAAAAAGGAAUCAGACAUCCAGCAAAUGGAGCAGCAACAGAAACAGAAGAUUUCUGGAGUUCUGGAACAAUCACACAACCUUCAGUCCAAGAUCACAUCCCAGUUUGCUGGACUGCACCAGAUUCUCACUGAGAAAGAGCAGCGCACACUGGCAGAUAUCCGGGAGGAAGAGAAGAAGAUUCUAAAUACAAUGGAGACAAAUCUUGAAGAGAUUGAAGAGAAUUUAAAAUACAUUCAUCAGGAUCUUUUUACAUUGCAGCAACAUAUAGAUCAAAAAGACAGUGUGGUGUUUCUGAAGGAGGAAGCUGGUGGCAAGCGAAGGUAGGACAUUGUCUUGAUGGAAACAUUGUAAGUUUUUGUGGAACAACACAAAACAUUUUUAAUGCUCAGUUUAUAACCAGCUGUUAAAUAUUUCCAGGUUUCGUGAUGAAGCCA